AUGCGACCGGCGAACACGUCAGGCUUGGCACAAUACGUACCCGGACGCCAACCACGCGUGGGCAGGCAGGCACUACUCUCGAUACAUGCGUACCUCACCCUUCCUAUCUCGCCCAUGGCUGCUGUAGUCAGCCAAAUUGAUUUCCUCGGCCAACAUGACUGUAGCGUACGCGGCAAGCCAUACUCCCUGCGAUAUGAUCCACCUGGCGACUUUCCGAGGACAAAUUUCAUAUCUGUCUCCGAGGAUGUAUCGUUGACUGAUGUGCGCGGGCGUGAGAGCGAAUUUCAUGUUCACAAACAAGGCUUCGGCGUACUAUAUUUGAAUCCCAUGAUGGCGUACGAAGACUACGAAGACAAGCACAAGGUAGAGACAUUCUACUUUAAACAGGUUGCAGAGGGCGUUCGAGAGUUGCUCGGUGCCUCAAGAGUGCAGAUCUUCGAGCAUGUGCUUCGCAAGCGGCACGCAGAAUUCCCUAUCGCUACUGGUGAGCCAUACAAGUACGAUCAGCCCACCACUCGGGCACACAUAGAUAUGACGCCUGCCUGGGCGACGGCCAUGGCCGAACACAUGAACGAGCGCAGCGGAAACGCACUUCCCUCGACAAGGUUCCAGUUCAUCAACAUCUGGAAACCACUACGAGGGCCAAUCAAAGAUUGGCCGCUGGCUCUGUGCGACGCAAGUAGCCUGGACCAAUCGGACAUUGAAGCAAUGGACGUCGUGCAUAGCGCGACCGUGAUUGAAACCUAUCUCGUGCGACCCAACAAACACCAAAGAUGGUACUACCUGAGCGAUCAGACGGAAGAUGAAGCGUGGGUAUUCUUACAAGCAGACUCGGGAGUAGACAAGCACCUGGGCGCGCCUCACAGUUCAUUUCGACAUCCUGACCACGAGCAGAGUCUGUUCCCGCGAGAGAGUAUCGAGGUCCGCGCGAUUGCCUUCUACCAUGACACCUAGCCAAAGCACCACAUCAUAGCGAAGCGAAAUUAUCCA